AUGCGGCAUUUGGCGGUCUCUUGCGGUAUCCUGCGGUCUUUUUCGGACGGCUUCCCGCUCCGCAGACCAAAUUCCCACCAAAAAGAACAAAGAAACAACCUCAAGGACCCCAAAAACCUCGUCAUCGCAACCGCGCGCAACACCGCCAAUUCGUCGGGUCUACAAAAACUCAAGGCCGAAUACCCUCAAAACGACCGCCUCAUUCUACUCGAUCUCGACGUUUCGAAGAUUGACAGUGUUCGUGCAGCGGCCAAGACUCUGGAGCCGUUGCUUCCCAAUGGAUUGGAUAAUCUCGUUAGCAAUGCGGGUGUGAGUUAUAGUAGUAUGAAGACUUUUGAGGAGAUUGAUAUUGAGGAGUUUACAUCCGAAGUCGUCUUCACCGUCACUGCGCCAUUCAACUUGCUGCGCGAGUUUCUCCCGCUUGUGCGCAAGAGUGAGGCGAAGAAGGCUUUAUUUGUCACUUCAAUUCUGGGCUCGGUUCAAUUAGCGACAAAUCUGCCAAAUGUCAUGAAUGCAUAUUCUGUGGCUAGAGCUGCGUUGAACAUGUUGAUUCGAAAAUGGUCCGUUAUUCUAAAGGAUGAGGGUAUUACCGCUGCUGUGAUUCAUCCGGGCUGGAUUGGUGAAACUGACAUGGGCGACGAACUCUCAGAGUGGGUUGCAAAAUACAACCCAACUUUGGAGAAUGUGCCCACCGAGAAGGCUGCUGCCGACUGUAUGAGGAUCUUGAACAGCAUGACCAAGGAAGACUGGGGUGCAUAUUUCCAUCAAGACGGCAGCAGACUUCCUUUCUGA